AUGGAGGCUUCUCGUCCGAUUUCCCCCGCAGCGAUGCCAUCAUCGCCUGUUGACGAAAAAAUAGAGGAGCACCUCUGGCUCAUCUACGGGGGGCAGACGUACCGCGUACCGAUGUCCUUCGUACGCCGUCACCCCAAAGGCAAGGAGCUGAUCCUGCCCUACGCCAACCAGGACAUGACGGAGGCCUACGACAACGCCGGCCACUCGAAGGGGGCUACGCGUACGCUACGGAAGUACGCAGACGCCACGCGAUCCGCGGAAGAAAUCGAAAAGAUCUACGCGACGCAGCGCGCGAUGCAUGAGCAGGCGGCGUGGAAUAUGUGUGUGCGUGUGGGCAGUUUGUUGAGCGUGGCAGCGGUGCUGGGUGCGGUGUACGUGCGCUGCCGGCAACAGAAUUCGUGA